AUGAAUGCCCUUGGAGGAAUGAGGGCGUCUGAGAGGAAAUCUCCCUUGAGCAUGGAGGUCGGAUUCACCCAUGAAGGAAAGGAUGAUUUAGGAGAGAGGAGCGUCUUCAUAGGAACAAAAUCUCCCAUGGAGUGGGGUCCCAGAGUGGGAUUAGGAAAAAGAAGUCCCCCUUGGGAGGAGAGCCUCUUGGUUAGUAAUAAAUAUGAAGAGAGGAUGGCAUCACCAGAAACAAAAUCUCCAUUGAGCAAAGAGCUUGAAAUGAGAUUAAAAACACAGAAUAUUUCUAGCACCCUUAUGGAGGGGAGUAAUUUAAGAGUCAACAGGGUCUCAUCCUCACAGGAAUCGAAACCUUCACUGGAUAUGCUGCCAGGAAGAGUGGGCUUAGAAAAUGAGUGUCUUCUGGCAGGAUGUUCUGGAAAGAUAAUACGGCCUCCUUUGGGCAUGGUGUGUGAAAGUCCACAGGCUCUAGGGAGCAGGAGAGGUCCUGUGGCGGGUGCCUCUGAAAGAUUAGGGGCUUCAGUGGAGACGCAGCCAGUUGUGGGUGUGGAACCCAAGCAGGAACUGGAAAAAGAGUCGACUUGUGUGGUGAUGAAACCCAGUGUAGAGAUGAAUCCUCCUGUGCAGGUGGACAUUGGGCUACCCCAAGCAGAGGAGCCAGAUGAAAUGAAGGAUACAGAACCCCAAAUGGGCUUGGUGAUAGAACCUCCUGAGUACCAGUUUGCCCAACAACCUAAAGAAGAAAAGGAGGAUGAAAACAUUGAACCAGGAGUGGAACCCCCAGAUCGAAUCAGACCUAUAUACUCUGGGAAGUUUUUUGAUCGAAUGCCUUGUUGGCCAAGUGCAGGGAAAGUUAUUCCUAUUGGAUACAGAGUUGCAAACUGCUUGACUGAAAAACUUCCCAGGUUAAUAACUCCACCUGAGGCAAAGAAAUUUUUCAACUUCCGACAUCCACCUGCUGGAGCCGAAAGAGUAUUUUAUGGCAGAGCAAAUGAUCCUAAAAUCGCACCUUAUUUGACACAUGGAAUAAGAUCUAAAAUUUCAGUACCGGCAAAGGUAUUGUUAAACCCACAGCCUAUUACAACAUUUCAACAGAAAAUUAAUGAUAAAAAGGAAUCAAUAUAUUUUAGCAAUCAACGAGCACCAUUAGGAAAAUCUUAUGAUCAAACGCCAGGAUUACCUAAAGGCCUGGAUAUACUCAAUACGACAUUUGGGACAACAGUCAUCAGAGAAAUAUCCGCUAGAGAUGUGGUGAAUCCACCAAAAUCCUAUGAGGAAGUAUUUAAAGAAGGAAAGGAAGGACAUGAUCUGUAUACUGUUUCUCACAAUGAUUAUUAUGUGGGAGAAGCAAAGAACCGAAAGUAUAAUGCAUCAAGUUUCCAUAGGUUUAACUUAUAUGGGGUCCCAACACCACAUUUUAAUGAUGGACGAACCAUGGCAAAAACUUUAUAUUGGCUCCAUGAACUACAAAUGAAAAGAGGAGCUAAGGUUGUAUCCAAGAGAGUUGAUGAUUUCAAAGAAAAGUUUCAACAUACACUUGGAAGAGUUUUAGAUCCCAUUGCAGAAACAAUGAAUGUUCCCCCAGACCACACAUUUGGAACUUGUCUCCUCCCUGAGGACUAUGGAGCUGAUGAUCUCAUCUAUAAUAGACUUCCGGGUGAAUAUCUUCGAGGCAAAGAUAGACAGCGAGCCCUGAUUGCGGCAGUUCGGCAUCACUUGAAGAGAGUUAACUACCAAAACUUCGACACUUUGCUGGCAGCCUUCAGGCACUAUGACAAGAAGGGAGAUGGGGUGAUAGAUAAAGCUGAGCUUUGGGAAGCUUGUGAUCAGGCCAACUUGCACUUAGAUGAGAAGCUCCUGGACCAGCUCUUUGACUACUGUGAUGUGGAUAAUGAUGGGCUGAUUAACUAUCUAGAAUUUGCAAAUUUUCUUAACUGGAAAGAUAAAAUGCCUCUUAAAGAGUAUGAAGAGAGGGUCAUCAUUAAAGGUAGAAAACCAGAUUGUGCAAACCCUGCUGAGUCUAAUGUUGAAGCAUCUGAACCAACUCUCCUGAUAAAGCCUGAAGAUAUUGUCUUAAAAGAACCAGGAAGCUCAGAAAGAACUCCCCGGACACUUUUGAGACCAAGAGAUAAAGUUUCUAGUCACUAUAAGACAACUUCUUCUGAGAUCAGUGCAGUUGUAGGGGCUGUUCCUUCUCCUUGUUAUCCCAUCUAUGGUGUUCCAACCAUUCGGUCUGAUAUUCCUGCCCCCAGAAUUCGCCGCAUCAGUGAUAGAACUAAUUACGGUGAAGAGGGCAAUGCCUAUUCAUUACUGCAUCCUACCAUCUUUAGCCAGAAAGGAGUGUUUGAAAGAGACUUCUUCAAGACCAGAUCAAAAAAAGAGGUAGCAAUACAGUUGGCCAUACUGGCCAUCUCUGAGUUCCUGGAAUAUGGCAAUCUCUUUCCUACCUCAGGACGUUAG